UGCUGCCGCCUGGGGCUGAGGGGACGUCGGGCCAGAGCAAUCCACAGAACUGCCUGCUCCAGUUUAGAGGAGUGAUGACGGGGAUCUGUGGAGGAGCUUCCGAGAGAGUCACUUCCUGAAGGGCAAUCAAGCAAAAGGAAAAAUGAACACCAUCUGUGGCCUCCAGUCUGCUCGGAGAAACUGUGUUUUUUUGUUAACGUCCCUGACUGACUGGAAAGAGCCUCCCCGAAGAUGCUGGUCCCUAGCGGUGAAGAGUCCUCCUCAGGUGCCUGCGAAUUGCUCGGGGGGCAGAUGCCUGGGACAGAGCUUAUGGAAGAGCCCGGGGCUGGCUGAUGGGCUCAGGGGAAGCUCUCCCUUCUCUAGAACCCGGGAUCACAGCCAGGGCCUGCCUUUAAGUGCCCGAAGCAGAGAGAUGUGCAAGAGGAUGAGCAGCUGCUCUGGGUGGCCCCACUUCUCUCCGAGGCAGGGAUUGCUGGAGGGAGGUAUGGUCCGAGCCCUCUCAGGAUUCAUCCCGGGGAAGAGGAAGAAAGACACGAGCCAUUUCCACACAUCAUCACCGACUCAGGCUGCUCCUGGCCCGCUUCUGUGGUUCAUUCUUAAGCCAGCACAGAAACUUCUAGCAAUCAUUGUUGGCAGGGGCAUAAGAAAAUGGUGGCAGGCCCUUCCUCCCAACAAGAAAGAGCUAUUUAAAGGAAGUCUAAAGAAGAAUAAGUGGAAGUUAUUCCUGGGCUUCAGUGGUUUGGGAAUUUUAUUUGUUGUCUUUUACUUUACUCACCUGGAGGAGAGCCCAGUCACAGGACGGAGACAGUUACUAGUGUUGGGGAAGGAACAUAUGAUGAAGCUCUCACAAAUGGAAUAUGAUUUGUGGAUGGAAGAAUUCAAAAAUGAUCUGCUCCCUGAGAAAGAUCCCAGGUACCUGGCUGUGAAGAAAGUGUUUCAGGGUCUGGUGGAAAGCAACAGAGACAUCCCAGGCAUCUCGGAGUUCCGGUGGCUCCUUCACGUGGUUGACAGGCCAGACGGAAAUGCUUUUGUUCUUCCCAAUGGGCAAGUGUUUGUUUUCACUGGGCUCCUAAAUGCAGUCUCUGAUAGUCACCAGUUGUCUUUCCUUUUGGGCCAUGAGGUAGCUCACGCAGUGCUCGGACAUGCCGCAGAGAAGGCCAGUCUGGUUCAUUUAUGGGAUUUUCUAGGUCUGAUUUUCCUCACGAUGAUUUGGGCCGUCUGUCCUCAAGAUAGUUUGGCAAUUUUGGCACAGUGGAUCCAGUCUAAACUGCAAGAGUACGUGUUCUACAGGCCCUACAGCCGUGCGCUCGAGGCUGAAGCUGACCUUGUCGGACUGCAGUUUGCUGCCAAGGCUUGUGCAGAUGUCAGAGCAAGUUCAGUAUUUUGGCAGCAGAUGGAGUUGGCAGUGAUGCUUCAGGGUCAGCCCAAAUUACCAGAAUGGCUGUCGACGCAUCCCUCCCAUGAGAACCGAACUGAGCACCUAGACCGACUUAUACCUCAGGCCAUUAAAAUUAGAGAGAACUGUAACUGCCCGCCACUUUCCGGACCAGAUCCUCGACUGGUUUUUAAGCUUACCAAGAAACAUUUUCUGGAAGUGACGGAGGGAGAAAACCGAAGCAUCCCUGGAACUUUAGUUCCGAAGUAUAAAACGGACCCUCUUCCGAUUCAGAAAAAGGAGACCAUCCCAUUAGCAUUUAUGGCUGACAAAAGAACGGGAAGUUGAUUUGCAUUUUACGUGAGAGCUCGUGUGAAGAAUAGAGCAAUAUUUCUCAUUUUUGCAUAUGACUAUUUUAAAAAGGAUCAGUUUAAAAUGAUAAAAAAAAAAAGAGACGAUGCCAGUUUGAAUCAUGUGGUCUCCUGGCACUAGUAAAAAUUCUUUAAUAGAUAUUUAAACUUUUGCUCGUGAAUCUUAAAAGUAUUUGAUUCUAUUUUUAAUACCUUCAAUAAAGAAAGCAUAUCCCCAAA